AUGCAGCUCACCAUUGUCACAGGAUUCAAACCAAUUUUCGCCUACAUAGACUCUUUUGUGUCAAUCAGUAUACAAUGCCAACAGCGAGUGAACAUAGGUACAUCUAUCUAUCUAUCUUAUCUUCCCAUUGAUCUAUCUAUCUAUCUAUCUAUCUAUCUAUCUAUCUAUCUAUCUAUCUAUCUAUCUCAAUCAAUUCAUAUCUAUCUAUCUAUCUAUCUAUCUAUCUAUCUAUCUAUCUAUCUAUCUAUCUAUUGCAGUCUGUUCAUAUCUACCUUAUUCUUCUGUUCAUAUCUAUCUAUUUAUCUCAGUUGGGUCUUAUCUAUCUAUCUAUCUAUCUAUCUAUCUAUCUAUCUAUCUAUCUAUCUAUCUAUCGCAAUCUGUUCAUAUCUAUCUAUCUAUCUAUCUAUCUAUCUAUCUAUCUAUCUAUCUAUCUAUCUAAUUCAGUCUUAUCCAUUUAUACUCAUAUAUCCUCACCUAUUUCCUCUUUUUUUUACUUCUAUCUCUCUAAUUAUCUUACAUUUAUUUCCUACUAAUUCUUCCCUGGUGUCCGUAUCUAUUUACAUGAAAACUGUCAUCAGAUAUUUACCUGUUUUUUAUCACUGGCUUCACACACAACUUCGAAAAACGAUUUCAAGCGGAGGCGUCAGGCUAAAUAAGUCUAUCCAUAUCUAUCUAUCUAUCUAUCUAUCUAUCUAUCUAUCUAUCUAUCUAUCUAUCGCAAUCUGUUCAUUAUCUAUCUAUCUAUCUAUCUAUCUAUCUAUCUAUCUCAGUUGGGUCCAUAUCUAUCUAUCUGUCCGUUAUUUUCCGGGAGGCCAUUUUCCGGGAGGUCAUUUUCCGGGAGGCCAUUUCCCGGGUGGACAUUUUCCGGGAGGCCAUUUCCCGGGUGGUCAUUUUCCGAGAGGUUCAUUUUCCGGGAGGUCAUUUUCCGGGAGGUUCAUUUUCCAGGAAGGCCAUUUUCGGGGAGGUCAUUUUCCGAGAGGUUCAUUUUCCGGGGAGGCCAUUUCCCGGGAGGCCAUUUUCCGGGAAGUUAUUUUCCGGGAGGCCAUUUCCCGGGAGGUCAUUUUCCGGGAGGCCAUUUCCCAAGAGGUCAUUUUCCGGGAGGCCAUUUUCCGGGUGGCCAUUUCCCGGGAGGUUAUUUUCCGGGAAGUUAUUUUACGGGAGGCCAUUUCCCGGGAGGUCAUUUGUCGGGAGGCCAUUUUCCGGGAGGCCAUUUCCCGGGAGGUCACAUUACGGGAGGCCAUUUCUCGGGUGGUCAUAUUCCGGAUGCCAUUUUCCGGGAGGUUAUUUUCGGGAGGCCAUUUCCCGGGAGGCCAUUUUCCGUGA